AAAAUUUGAAAUAAAUCAUAGUGACACCAAAUAAAAAUACAAAUGGAAUAAAGUUAUGUUCAUAAAGUUUUAAUAUGUCAAAAGUCUGUGAAGUUUUAAGCGAAAACGAUAGCGAUGUUGAGGAACUAAAAACCAAAGCAAUUAUUGGUUUUGAUGGAAAUACUAUAAAUGGCUUUAUUGUACAUCCAGAUGGUAAACAUGUUGUUUACCCCCUUGGUAAUAAAAUAACAAUUCAAGAAUGGGAUACUAAAAAGCAACGCUUCCUAGUUGGACAUACUAACAAUAUUUCAUCAGUAUGUGUUUCGAAAACAGGAAAAUAUUUAGCAAGUGGUCAAAUCAAUCACAUAGGAUUUAAGGCUCGUGUCAUAAUAUGGGACUUUGAUAAUAUGAAAAUGAUAAAUCAACAUGAACAUCAUAAAGUUCGAGUUGAGGCUGUUGUCUUUUCAAAAGAUGAAAGAUAUUUAAUAUCUUUAGGAGGAAGAGACUGUGGUUCCGUGGUAAUAUGGGACAUGUCGGUAGGGCAGGUGGUGUGCGGGUCACGUGCUUCCCGUGGCUCCCAAGGCGAAGCUACUGUUUUGCUGCCCAUGACGCGACGUGGUCAAUGCUUUGUUUCGGCCGGCGAUUGCCAUUUGGCAGUGUGGAAGAUCGAUGUGGCCGCUAGGAACGUCCGCGCCGUUGAUGUUACCAUGUCCAAACUGAAAAGGAAAGUGCUGUGCAUGGAUGCAAAUGAAAGAGACGAAGUGUUAUAUUGUGGUACUACUACCGGCGACAUUUUGAAAAUACGACUGAAUUUUCAUCAUGACAUAGAAAUUUUGGAACCCGUUAAAACACCUUGCGUGGUUGGAUGUUUUGCAAGAAUAUCUAAGAAGAAAUUAAGAAGAGGAAGCGUGGACCUAUAUCAGCAUGGCGUACGAUCCAUAAGACGACUCUUUAGUGGACAAUUAAUUGUCGGAGCAGGAGAUGGUACUUUAGAAUUGGUGGUCGAAGCAGAGAAGCCUGUUUUGUUGGACAUCGAUAUUAAAUUACCUUCCAUACCCGCAUUGACAAUUUUGAAGUCGACGAAUGUUUACAGUGCUGUCACAUCUAUAGAGCUCUUAGGUAAAAAUUCAGUUCUCAUUGGAACAGCAGCUUCAGAAAUUUACCAAGUUAAUUUCGAUACGUUCCGUGCUGAACUGAUAGUAACCUGUCAUACUUCGGCCAUUUACGAUAUCGCCUUUCCUCACAAUUUCUCUGAAGUUUUUGCAACGGCCAGUCAUGACAACGUUAGGGUAUGGUCGAUGAGCACCAUGCAAGAACUGCUACGCAUUUGCGUAACGAAUUUCACCUGCUCCAGCGUGGUGUUUGCUCACGAUGGCAAAUCAAUUUUGACAGCGUGGAAUGAUGGUAUUAUCAGGUCAUUCACUCCUCUGACAGGUCGACUGAUAUAUGCCAUUUUAAACGCCCAUAACAAGGGCGUAUCUGCACUUACGACUACGUCACAUGGUAGGACACUGAUCAGCGGAGGUUGCGAAGGUCAAGUUCGACUCUGGGACGUUUCACCCUAUAAACAAGAAUUAAUUUGCACGUUGAAGGAACAUAAGGGACCUGUCUCGGCGAUUCACAUCAAUAAAUUCAACACUGAAGCGGCCAGUGCCAGUACGGAUGGAACGUGCAUAAUCUGGGACUUAGAAAGACAAUGUCGACGGCAAAUUUUGUUCGCAAACACAUUAUUUAUGUGUGUUAGGUACUAUCCAACUGGAGUUCAAAUAUUGACAGGAGGUUCGGACAGAAAAGUAGCGUACUGGGAGGUGCUUGACGGGUGCUUGGUUAGAGAAUUAGAAGGCUCUCCUACUGGAACAAUCAACAGCUUGGACAUUUCACCCAGUGGAGAAUAUUUCGUAACCGGUGGCAACGACCAAAUAAUUAAACUAUGGAGGUAUCAAGAAGGAUUGACAACUCAUAUUGGUAUCGGUCAUGCUGCCGUUAUAACCUCAGCAUAUUUCAGCGCUGAUGGUCAAUAUAUAGUUAGCGCAUGUGCGUCAGGAAGCAUUUUCGUGUGGGAAUGUCCUAAGAAAGAAAGGCAGAGUGUAGGAACGGAAAAGACCGUCGUUGAAGAACUAAAGAAAGACUCGGAAGAACAUAUCAAAGAUUUGCCCACUUCUAGAUCCAGUCAGAAAAGCGUCAGGGAGUCACCAAAGGAACCUGGUGAACCGAAACGAGAAUUUUGUAAAUGUCCAUCCACAGUUUCAUCGAGUCGAUCAUCUAAAGGCGAUCCAUGUGCCAAUGUAUGCGAAAACGUUUUAGAAGCCGAAGAGAACAAAAGUAAUAGGAGUGCUGGAUCGGCUAAUGUCAAACCGGAAAAUAAAAAUAUUUCAGGAUCUAUCCAAGGAUCACGUAGAUCUUCCAAACAAGGAUCGACUAGCUCGACGCCGAAGAAACCUCCAUCACAAACGAGCAAAACCAGCGAUAAAGCCAAAGGAGUAUCCUGUGAUACUAAAUGAUCAAUAUUAAAUUAAAAACUGCCAUUCACUCGUAAAGAUUCAUAUAUCUACCUAUUACUUGUAAUUUUAUUAUACCUACAUAUAAUUCCUUAUUAUUAUUUCUUUUUAUAGUUUAUUUUUUACUGCAUAUAAAACAGCGUUAAUACCCUUAACUUAAAACCAUACAUUUCAGGAAAUUUUUGAUUUUUGUUUUAAAAAUAUAGAUGUAGUCUGUCAAGCGAGAAAGUAUAUAACUUCGAAGACACCAGAUGAUAUCCAAACAAAUGAUAUAAAAAGAAUUAUACACUUUUGAAAUAAAAUUACAAAAAACUAUCGCUCACUGUCCAUAUAUUUUUUGCUUGGACAGAUCCAACGACAUCUAAAAAAUGUCAUUGGGUGCCGAUUUUCGUGUGCACGAAGAGUACAAUCAACGUAGUCAGUACAAUAAGAUGUACUGAACAAAGAGAAAAGAGCAAGUAUUUUUCGACUUACAAGAUCGCCAUAGCGAUUCACUCCUAGACAUAUAAAUACCGACUGAGAUUAUUAUGCUUAGAUAGAACCCUCUGUUAUAUUAUUAUGCUUAGAUUAGAACAAAGCAAAUUAAUUCAAUUUUAUAAGUGAUCCAAUAAAAGUUUUAUAUCGUCA